AUGCCGCUGCUGCGCAAGCGGCCGUACGACCCCGACCUGGGCCUGCCGCCGGGCGUGUCUCCGGAAGACGGCCUGUGGGUGGUGCGCUUCACGGGGGAGGUCUUCGCGGACUAUGGGGCGUACUUGAGGAAGCAGCAGCUGUACGCGCGGCGCGGCUGGAGCUGCAAGUACACGGGGCGGUCGGGCCUGACCUACGAGGAGGCGCUGGUGAGCGAGGAGCGGGCCAAGCGGGCCCACGGGCAGUUCCCCGAGUGCUUUGAGGGGCCCGUGCUGCGGCUGGUGCACCACUCCACGCUGCGGCCCGAUGAGCUGUGCCACCGAGUGCUCACCCACUUCCGCAACAACUUCGUCCCCGGUGAAGAGGUGCUAGGGAUGAGGGGGGAGAAGCCGGAGCCCUGCAGGAUACUUAACUCUCUUGGCGCUGACGAUGGGGAAGAUGUGGCUGCUGACCUGCUGAACCCCGUCGCUGGCCUGGAUCAGAAAUACGAGGUGGAGUGGCUGGAUGGGGAGGGGGGCAGCGACGUGUCCAUCGUGUCCCGCGGCCAGCUGAGCCGCGUGAAGGACAAGCACCCAAUCAGCCGGCCCAUGUUGAAGACAUGGCUGGAGCGUGUUGUGCACUGUGAGUCCACGGGCGUGAAGGGUGCGCCUUUCCUGUGGAGGGCCAAGCGGGAGCUUGCGGAGAAAUGCAACCUUCCGGAGGCCUUGCCGCAGGACCUGGAGAUGAAGCUGCAGAAGGCCGCACAGCGCACCUUGGCCACCAAAAAGAAAGCCAAGAAAACGAAGUUGGAGGGUGACAACAAAAAGCAAAGGGCCCCUGCGGCCCGACCUGGUCCCUGCAAGCCCACCGAGAAUGGCGCUACCUGCACUAGGGCGCCUCUGGGGCACUCUGGAUCUGUCCACCCACCAGCAGAGGCAGGUGCUUCUGGAAGGGCCAGGGAGGGAGCCUCCAACGGGCUGCAAACCCCCAAAUCCGUUGAGAGGCCCAAGAAGAAGCGCAAGACGACACCUUCAGAACCAAAAAAGGUUGCUGAACGCCCACAGGCAGCACCCUCCGCUGAACCCUCCCCCAGCUCUUCUCCGAUUCCAGGGACGCCUGUCCAAGCCGAGGCACUUGAGGACACCGACCGUAGGCUGUCUGCAGGUUCCCUAAAGAGGGCCGUUUUUGAGAUUUUGAAGGGUGUGGGGCCAUACGGUGCCUCCACAACAUACCUCCUGCAGCGCCUGAGGGACAGGAACAUGAAUCGUGAGGUGACAGACAGCAAAUCCGCCAAGAGCUGUGUGGCAUCCACGUUGGCACACGACCUGGCCUUUGUGCGCGUAGCCCAUGGCCACUUUGCCAUCAGGGCAUUCACGAAGGCCACCACACAGGAGGGUGGCACAGGUGGCAGCAGCCGUCCGGGCGGCGGCGCUGCAAAGAUGGGCCAGUGCACCCUGGGGGGCGAGGAGCCUGUGGUCCACCUCAAGAUAGAGCGGCAGCGCUUUGACAGGAAUAGCUCAAAAUGCAGCAAGUGCCACAAGGGAUUGAAUCAGGAGCUGCCCGUGCUUGUCCUGUGUGACUUCUGCCCGCGCGCAUACCAUGUGGGUUGCCUAAGAGGGCAGCUUCCCCCCUACGGGGACUGGGCGUGCCCUAAGUGCAUUGACAAGCGGGAGUCCACAGUAAGGAAGAUGAAGAACAUGGAAGAGAGCCGAGAGGAGCGACAGCUGAAGAAGAUAGCAGAGAGGGAGGAACGCGAGCGGCGGCGACUUGAGGAGCGUGAGGAACGGGAGCGGCAGCGGGUGAGGGAGCGGGAAGAAAGGGAGAGGGCCAAAGAGGAAGCAAGACAGAAGGCCAGAUACCCAAUAGAGGACAUGGAGGUCCUGGAAGAGGAGAAGGCAAAGCUGGCCAGCCUUGAAGUCGCGGCAGCCGCUGCCCCCGACCUUGCCUCUCCUGGCACGCCCACCACCGCCCAUGCUGAUGCCCCACGCUCCCUGCAGCAGCAGCAGGCACUUGUGGAGGGCCCCAGGGACCAGGCCCCCAUCAUGGAGGGCGAGGCCCAGCUGGCGGGCCUCAUGGACGGCCUGGCAGUGGUCGAGUUCCUGUCAACCUUUCGAGAGGAGUGCGAGGUGAAGGCGCUGGGGCUGCCGGAGCUCAACCACACAGUGGCGUGGCCAUUGGAUGGGGACUCCCUCGCAGAGCUGUACAUGGCACUCCUGCGCUGUGUGCUGCUGGAUCAGGUGGGCCAGACAGGGAUGGCCCGAAGCCGUGCUCGGCGGUGGGCUCGAGUGGUGGACCAUGCCACCUGGCCGGAAGUGCUGAGAAGGUACCUGCUGGCCUCACGGGAGGCACAAGGCGUGGCCAAGGUGGAUGUGCGCGACACUGCGGUUGAGUUCAUGGACGACCACCAGAUCGCCCAGAGGGCGGCAGAGGACCUGGGCUCCUCACCCUUUUACCUGCUGGGCCCCCGCUACCACCUGCGGCUCCUGCACGCCCUUUGCAAUGACAUCAUCAAUUGCAGCGCAAUGAAGGACGAAGUCAUGGGGCGGCUGGAGGAGACCAUCCAGCUGUGCGCAGAGAAGUACCACGCUGAUGCAGAGAAACGGAGGUUGGAGCGGCAGAGGAAGAUGCAGAUGAAGGAAGGCAGAAAGAAGAGGGAAGCUGCUGAGCAGCAUCAAGGGGAGGCCAACAACGAUGCCAAGAAGGAGCAGCCCCAGGAGGCAGUCAAGGAGGUCCAAGGAGCCCAGGAUGUCAAAGAGGAGGUCAAAGAGGACGUCAAAGAAGAGGUCAAAGAGGACGUCAAGGAGGAAGUUGGACAGGAGGCCACAGCAUCAGAAGCACAGGGAGAUGGCGCUGAGGGUGGGAGACCCCAACCGCCCGUGGCCCACCCAGCAGCACAGGGCUAG